UGUCCUCUGCGGUCCAUAUACAAAACCGGGGGCUGAGAGAGAGAGAGAGGGAGAGAGAGAGAGAGAGAGAGAGAGAGAGAGAGAGUUAACAGGGGAUCCAUGGAGCAUGUCACAGCAACAGUGUUUUCUAUGUCUUCUUGUCCACGAUGCACUUUAGGAUUUCAAUAAGAUGCGUGUGUGUUUCCAGAUAAGUUUCCUCCUCGCCGUAAACUUUUACUGCCAGCCGCUCCGAGCUCAGGACCCCUCCUGUUGCCAGCAUGCUGCCGAGUCAUCGCGUUGCAAAGAUGCUUGUGACCAGCUCAUCACUAUAAAGAGUGAGUCUCGUCUGAAGCAUCUCCUGCAGAGGUUACCCAGUUACUGUCCAGAGUCUAUGAAUGAACUGUGGAUGUGCAUCAACUCUACACUUCCAGGAGUGUCCAGGAAGUCAGACGGCUGGGUGGGGCUGGGCUGCUGUGAGCUGGCUAUCUCAUCUGAGUGUCGCAGGGAAUGCAAACAGGCAUCGUCCAAAAAUGACAUAACAAAAGUAUGCAAAAAAGUCACAGAGAACUCCCUCUACAGCUGUAUCACCAAAAAUGAAAUGGGCUCCACAUGCUGCAGCUAUGCAGGGCGUCACACCACCUGUAGGGAGUACUGCCAGGCCAUCUUCAGGACCGACUCAACCCCCACCGUGUCGCAGAUCAACGCCGUCAGAGAGUACUGUCAGAGCCACGGCGCUCAGCUGCUCAGCUGCGUCAGCAACUUCACCAAGUCCUACCCAAUACGCAGCCCUAUAGACAGUCUAUACUGCUGUGACCGGGCAGAGGCUCCUCACUGCCAGGUGGCUUGCCGGCGAAUCCUUCGCACCAUGAGCACAGAGCACGAGAUCAUGGAGGGUUUGAUUGAGGAGUGUGGCUCCCAGCCUCUCCCUCAGGACCCCAUGUGGCAGUGUUUUCUAGGCAGCGCCCACCCCCCUUCCCCGACUGAAGAGGAGACCCCCCAUCCAACCAAAAUGGAUCGUGCCAAAAUGCACUGCUGCGCCAAGGCCAACACCUCACUGUGCAGGGACAUGUGUCAUGACAUCAGCUCCAACUGGGGCAGCCAGACGUUGCAGGACUUUGACCAGCUAUGCGAGUACAACCCAGGGGAGACAGAGCUCAUCAACUGCCUGGCUGAUGUCAGAGAGCCCUGCCAGCUGGGCUGCAAGGACCUCACCUACUGCACCAACUUCAACAACAGGCCGACAGAACUGUUCCGCAGCUGUAACGUCCAGUCAGACCAGGGAGCCAUGAACGACAUCAAGCUGUGGUCCAACGGGACCAUCAAGAUGCCGUUUAUGAACAUCCCUGUGUUGGACAUCAGGAAGUGUCUGCCGGACAUGUGGAAGGCCGUGGCCUGCUCUCUGCAGAUCAAACCCUGCCACAGCAAGUCCAGAGGGAGCGUCAUAUGCAAGUCAGAUUGUGUGGACAUCCUGACCCAGUGUGGGGACAGGAAACGCUUCCACGAGGGACAAACACCAGAGAGGAUCUGUGAGCUGCUGUCACCCAUUGAUGACCAUGAACGCUGCAUCCCCCUCCACAGAUACCUCACCCCCAGUUCCCUAGGCAACAACAUUGUUGAAGAGGUUAUUCAUCCAUGCAACCCCAACCCGUGCCCUAGCAACCACUUAUGCCAGGUCAACAGGAAGGGUUGCCUUGAUGAACUCAACUGCCAGCCAUAUCUCUGUGUGCCAGGCUGUAAAUUAGGCGAAGCCUCUGAGUUUCUGGUGCAGCAGGAUGCUCUUAUCCAGGUGCCAACUCGCACUGGGUGCUACGAGGUCUGCAGCUGUGGUCCCAGUGGGCGUCUGGAGAACUGUGCAGACAUGCCUUGUGUGGACACUAACAAGCACUGCAUCGUAGGAGGACAGAGGAAGAGCCACGGGACAUUUUUCAGGAUCGACUGCCACAUCUGUUCCUGCUUCGCUGGUGACACCAUCUGCUCCACCAGAGAAUGUCUCAGCUUCGACAGCUCCGAUGAGGACCGCCGACACUUUACUGGUCUUCCAUGUAAAUGUCCAGACCGCUUCGUCCCAGUGUGUGCCUCAAACGGGCGGACCUACCCCAGUGCCUGUGUGGCUCGCUGUAUGGGAUUCAAGGACCAUCAGUUUGUCUUCGGCCAGUGCCGCCUCAGUAACCCCUGUGCAAACAAACCCUGCCAGAGGAACCAGAGGUGCAUCCCAAAGUAUCGUGUGUGUCUGAGUGACUCAUCAGACUGUCUGCAGUACGAGUGUGUUGGCCGACAGUUAUCCUGCGAUAAGAACAGCGUGGAGCCGGCCUGUGAUACUGAUGGCAAGGUCCAUACCAGUCUGUGCCAGUUGCAGCAGAAUGGGAAAACCCUGGCCUACAUGGGCCACUGCCAGGAUGCCUGUGGGAAGCCACAGCAGGUUUGCGGCCACAAUGGUGAGACCUACAACACAGUGUGCGACGCCUUCUCUGACCGCGUGGCUGUGGACUACGAGGGCCCCUGUCAGGCUGUCGGGGCCGUGUCUGACGUGGCCCCCGACUCUGCGUGCAGUCUGAUUCCCUGUCCACGUCUGUCCACUCCGGGCUGCCAGCCUGUCACCCCACCUGGAGCCUGCUGUCCAAUAUGUGCCAGUAUGCUGCAGAUCCUGUGGAACAAAGAGCAGAUGAACACUUUCUCGAAGCUGAAUAAGAACCAGCCGGUGACGGUCCACAACGUCCUGCAGAUCCUGCGGCUUCACGUCUCGGUACCACAGUGUGACGUCUUUGGCUACCUGAGCAUCGACCAUGAGCUGGUGGUCCUCAUCACCCCAGUGGACCAGCAGCCAACACCACUGCAGAUUGAAGCCUGCAGUAAGGAGGCUGAGAAGAUCGAUUCCCUCAUCAACUAUGCCAGCCCCACACUGGUCUCCCACGUCCCCCUCUCUGCCUUCCUCACCGCCGAGAUCAAGACCUCCUCCAUAAACUCCUCCGCGGGCACUUCACCUUCACCUCUGCCCCUCGGACUGUGCUUCCUCCUGGGCCUCCUUAUGGCUGCGGUCCCUGGCCUCCAGCAGCUCUGAAUGCUUAUCAUCACCUCCCUGCCUCUUCCUCACUAACUGAGUGUUCCAAAGUACCCCCCCCCCCCUUUCUCCUCUCUUCUUAGGAUGAUGGGGGUGUCAUGAGGUGAGUGUGUUCAGGCGGCUGCAGAGCAGGAAGAAGCGGCGGCGAACGUCUUUCGACAAUCAUUCCUAUUGACUCACCUGCGUGUCAAACAAUCAAGGCGGUGGAAAAGCUAUUAUUAUGGAAAGCUUUUGUAUGAACAGUAUUAUUCAGUGGAUGAGUUACUCACUGGGUUUUCCUCCAGUGAAGUAUGUGUGUGUGUGUGUGUGUGUGUGUGUGUGUGUAUAUGUAUGUGUGUAUAUGACCUUUUAGAAGCAUUUGACUUCAUACCAGCAGUGUUUAUCCAUAAGUCCCAGCAGCAAGCUCUACUCUGAAAGCUGUUAAAUUUCAUGACUCACUCUGUCUUGUUCUCACUUUGUGUGUGUGUGUGUAUGUGUAUGUGUGUGUGUGUGUGUGUGUGUGUCUCCGAUUAGAUUUCAGAGACAGAGGAGGACAAAACAUCCCUGUCUGGCAACACAUCUGUCUCUCAAAUUACGCAAAAUUCCCCUGCCCACACACACACACACACACACACAUACACACACACACACACUCACGCAACAACCAGAUUGGUGUCACUUCCAGACUUCAUUGUUCAGUGUAAAUCAUGUAUGAGAUGGAGUUUGGUCAACAUUUAAGUGACACUGUACUACAGUGCAUAAUGUAUAUACAUGUGAGGUGUUUCUAGUGUUUUGAACCUCUAACCUCAGCAGUGUUAGUGCCAUGCUCAUGGACUGAGCCCGCUCAGAUCAAACUAAUCCAGCCUCCAAAGUCAGUUGUAACUACUGACCAAAAAAAAUACAAAAAAUAUAAAGCCUGAAAUUUGACAAGAUUAAAAGUCUGUCAAAAAAGUUCAAACAUAACAGUAGUCCAGGCUAUGUGUAGUGAAGCAGCUCUGAUGGAGGAUGGAAGACAAUCUUGUAUAUUGGUUAAAUCUCAGUUUUUGCUGAUAACAUGAAGCUUUUCUCCAAAACAAACCUGGCAACAAUUUACCUGAUGUGGUGUUCAGAAAGUCUCAUUCAGUAUUUUGUGAGUAUAAUCAAUACUGUACAUAAUAUACACAAAACGUAAAGGGAUAAAUGUUUAAUGGAGCAACUUUAUAAUUAAUGCUAUGUCAUAACUGUUUAACAGAAUUGACUAACUAAUUACUUUUGAAGGGCUGUACUGGUGUUAUUUUAGCCCAUUAUCUACAAGUCAUGUGUUCUUCACAUUAUUGCUGAGCAUUUUCCAAAACAUAACAUCAUUAUGAAGAUGUGUUUCCUACUUUUCAGCUCAUUUCAGAACAAUAUCAGGGCUUAUACUAACAAUUAUUUUCAUUAUUUAUUCAUCUUGAUAAUUUUUUCAAUCAAUUAAUUGUUUAGUCUAUAAAAUGUCAAAAAAUUGUGAAAAACAGCCAACACAAUUUCCUAGACCCCCUCAUGGUAAUUUGCAACAGACUAAGUAAAUAUCCCCCCAGGACAAGAGUUGAUGAGCAUCUGCUGAAAGGCACAUAUUGUCAGAAAAUCAAAUCCAAAACAGGCUUUUACAACAUGAACAGUAAAAUGUUUAGUAGUUUUUUAUUUGAUUUCUGUUCAGCAGAAUGUCAGAUGUCAGAGCCUCCUUGAAUGCACCAAUAGGAGUUGGAGCAUAACCACACAAUGAUUUAACUUUGAUACAAAAAUAAAAAGUAUCCAUUGCGAUAGAUUACCCAUCUCAACUUUUUGACUCUACAAGUUGAUUUUUAUAGUGUACUGAAAUUUAGACCAGUGGCUACUUGGAAGGUAGGAAGGAAAUCCUCUAGAUCCUCCAUCCCCUGACUGUAUGCUUUGGAAAAUAGUCGGCAGGAAUAUUAAAUAUACAUGAUUUGCAGAUGAAAGGGUACUCCAGGAAUUCAGUGUUGCUUUCACAGAGUUGUGAGAGCUGACUUUUAUUCCCUAGUGUUGGAUCCUACAAUUCCCAUAAUGCAACUCAGUUGAGUCCUUUAAUUAGAUUCUCACUGCCUGGUAAACACCAACAUCUUUAGAAAAAAACACACCUCAAGAUUAUAAUGCAGGUCUUAAGAAGAAUUCAGAUUUGUAGUCAAACCCAAGCUUCAUCAAGUCUGAGAAAAUAAUCCUGAUGAUGUCAUAGUGAUGUCAUCAGGGUUAUUUUCUCAGACUUGACAAAGCUGAUCCAGAGCCACAGACAAUAUAGCUGUUUUCACAAGCUGAGUAGUACUCAUCGUGACAAGUGUUCUUUAUGUGUAAAAUGUGGGAGUUCCCCUUUAAUUUGCGAAAACAUGUCAAAUCAGCGGUAUGGUCCUUUAAAUUCAGUAUAAUUUCUUUGUAUUUGUUAUCUAACGGGAUUAGAAGAAUAAUCAGAAGAGUUAUCAAAGUGACUUUAACUAAUGUAUUCUUGUGUGGUGAGUGUUAGGGAAACACUGCGCUGGAGUAUCUUAUGAGCACCACUUCUGAUAAAGUGCUACCAGAACGUUUUCCAACAGCAGCUGAAUGGUCCAUUCUGAUAGAAAACAGCAGAAACCCCGGGAUCAUCAUUCCCUUUGUGUGAGGCCAGUAGCUCUGAAAAGCAUUAAAAGGGAUGCUUCCUGUCUGUACAUAUGAACUAGAAGCCAUUUAAUAACAAAAGGACAAUCAGCUAGUUGCUACCCACAAUCCACUUUGGGUAGAGAAGAUUUCCACAGUAUGCCUUGCAUAUAGUGUCUUACAUGAAGUAAUAAUGAUAAUGCAAUAACUUUAUAUUUGUUAAGAAAUGUCUCUAUAUUUGAUAUGUAUCUGAUAAUGGAUUGAGAUAAUGAUCACUAUGUGCCAUGUUUUUUAAGCAAAUAGAUGUUAUUCUUUAUUGCAUGAUGACAAUUAUGAAGUGUUUUUACUCCAGAAUGUAUUAGUGUGUUGUCCUGUCUCUUUGUGUUUGUCUAUCUGCCUGUACAGCACAAUGUGUCCCAGUCUCUACCAGUAUUACUGUGCUAGGCAGCUCUGUAGCAGGGAACCCUCACCACGGCUCCUCCAUCUAUUAUUAUUUGUAUUAUUAUUAUUAUAAUUAUUAUUAGGAAUAUGGCUAUUUUUAUGUUUGUGUCCUCUGGGGCCGACAUCGAUUCAGUUAUGUUUCGAGAUUUUGUAUGUCUUCAGUGUUUAAUUUGAUUUAAUGUCACAUCGGGAAAAUAAAACUAAAUAUGAAUAUGAGAAAUAUGAGUUCUCAAACUGAAAUUUAGCUGAAGUUGUAAGGACUCCUUUAUGUGAGUUUUCUGCUUUCGAUGAAUUAUUUCUCAGCUAAAAGAAUAGUUCAACAUUCUGGGGAAUACACUUACUCACAUACUGAGACUAAGAUGAGAAGAUUGAUAUCAGUCUCAUGUCUGUGUGUUCAGUACAGAGCUGGUGUCUGGACAUGGGAAGCUUAGCUUAGCCUGUCUCUGUCCAAAGUUCACAAAUCACACUAAGUAACACUUUGCAUCAUGUUUGUUUCACCCAUUCAUAAAGAGAAGUCUGAAAAUGACAAUUUGUGAUUUUAUGGGAAGUUAUCUGUCUUAGCUAACUAACAGUAGAUGAUAGAUGAGUACUAACUUGUAGAAAUACAGUUACUCAGGUACUUCCCCAGAUCCAAUACAGAGCAAAACAAUAACCCUAAACUCUGAUAAUCUGAUUAGCAUCCAGAACUGCUUUUAAACAGACACUGACGCAACAUUUGUCAAUCCUAAACCAGCAUAAUAAUGUAGUUAGCGACAGAUACGUUAACUCUCGGGCUUCUGCAAGUAGUAAGCUAAUUAGCUGGGCAUUACACUUUUGUGCUUUUGGAAAGGCGACUGUUAAAUCACCACCCUUCAAACUCUUUUAAUGCCAAGUAUCAAAGUUACUGCACACCAUGAACAUGUGGAGAAAUCCAAAUCUUUACAGGCCUGCUGUGCCUAGUUACUGCUGCUAAGCUAUGAUUUGACAAUAGCUGUUUGGGUGAUGGGUUUAGUGAGGGUAAAUUAGUUUAGUUUAGCUUUAGAGGUGUUGAUAGGUGUAUUUAAGAGCUUCAGACAGAGCCAGGCUAGCUGUUUCCCCUGAUCCAAUGUUCUUACUAAGUUAGGCUAACCUAUAGACUGCAUGUAAAGAAGGAUAUAGCGAGGUGUGAUGUCACUCGUAGGUUUGCAUUGGAGCCGGUUUGAAGCCCAGAGUUGCUGCGGGACCAUCUUUUCCAUUUGGAACCAGGACCUUCCAAAUAAAGAGUGCAGGGUUUUGCCUUUCACCUUGGACCCGAGCUAACACUAGCUUACUGGGAAGACUGAGCGCUGCACACUUGGGCUAACGUUAGCCACUUUAGCUAAAUUGUGCUAA